AGGCGAAGAUGAGUCGCUUCUUUAAACUGCACGACUCUCCUAUUGUCUCGGAGUUUAACUGCACAGACUUGGCGGAGCUUGGCAAGUUGCGGACGGUCGGUCAUGUAAAGAGCUUCCUCUAGUACUGCGCCGGCAUGGCUGGCCUCAACAAGCGCUCUGAUGUGGUGCUCAUCGACUUCGUGGGCAUGCCCGACAAAACGCCACUCGGCGACGUGUACGUGACACACGCACAUACAGGCAGACAGAUAGACAGACACAGCGUCACACGUGUGUGUCUGUGUGUCUGUGUGCUCCCUGCGAGCACAGGGGGCUGACCGAAGAUAAGCCGAUCGUCAUCAAAGCGACCAUGCCACUCCCGCCGGGUACGCCUCACAGCCAGCUGACUGGAACACUCACACAGAUGUGCACAAGACUGAGUGACUCUCUCCAUCUCGCUCUCUCUCUGUGUGUGUGUGAAUGACCGACAGUCGCUGGCUACCCGGUGGAGCCAUGGGUGGAGGAGUCCAUGCGCGACACAGAAGGACGCUCCGGGACCGGUCGCCGUGAAGUGCAUGAGUUGUCCCGGCUGUGAGAUGUACUCGAGGCUCCCUCCUUCCCAUCACACAGCCGGCUGUGGUGGUGAGUGUCGGGGCGUCUGGCCCCGGGGCGCCCGGCGCUUACGUGCUGCAUACUUAGCAGCACACACGGAACACAGACACACACACACACACACAGACAGACAGCACCAAAAGCUGACUGGGCGCGUAGGCAUCAGCGGCUGUGCUCUGGUGCGCGUCAAACACUCAAGUGGCUGUCUAGAUGUUCAUCUAUCAUUAAUUUGAUUAGCUGAUUUCUUGCCUGAUGUGACUUUUUGUCGUGUAUGGCUGUGGCUAGGCUAGCAGGCUGGCUGAUGUGAUGCGUUGUAUGGUCAGUGAGGGAGACACAGCGAUGGGAUCGAUAACCGGUUUGUUUUGGCGCAUCAUUGAGGAACGCCCUAGGUCAGACAUAUCAGAGGAUCCGUGCACGUGUGAGAUCAUGAGAAGGUGAAGAAUGAGUCUCGGCAACGUUCAGCUGACAUGCAGCACGUGAGAUGAACUGUUUGUCGUCGCAUUGUAACUUCAUCGGCCAUGGAAUUACCUCCAUGGCAUGGGGUGGGAUCGAUGAGUGAGAUGCAUACGCAGCCGAUCAUGUGGACGAUUAAGGGAAAGACUCACUCACUGUCGCAUCCAUCAGGCAGGCAGUGUCUGUCUGUCUGUCUGUCUUAUGUCUGCGUCACACACCUUAUCCACACACACACGGACAGAGCGAGAUGUGAUGAUAAUGUGCGUAUGCAUGCGAUCAAAUCAUGGUACACACGAGCGCACAAACAAAC